GGCUAACCGUGGGCCAGACGCCACAGGGAGACAAGCCCAAAGUGAAAGUGAAAGUCCACCUGGAGCGAGAGUCCAAAACCUUCAACCUUGAAACCGCAUCCCAGAGCCGCCUGGAGAAAUUCCAGCGCAGAACAAUCGCUCAUUCGUCCCGUGGUUCUGUCUCAUCUCGCGGCGCCAGUGCCCAUCCUUUUGCGACUCUUCUUUCGUCCUCAUCCGAUCUUCCACCCUCUCUCAUCCUCCAAGUCUUCAAUCUUCAAGACUUCUGCAGUUCGCUUGCGGGUCUGGUCCCGAAGCCUCACGUUGGUAUUCGUCGCGACACUUUACUGUUCUUCCUCAACUCCACCGUGACGCUUCCUCGUCUUUCAGGUGCAGAGCAUGUCUAACACCUCUUGGCCCUUCCUUUGAUCAUCUGUCUGCCUCUCAAACUUGUCUCCCCACUUUGCUUAGCACCUGAGCUAUCUAUCGAUUCCCCAGACCUUGCCAAACUUUCCACUUCAACUUAUAUUUCUUCCUCUUCCACUUUCUCCUGCGAUCAUAACAGCUUCUUUUCCAAGUCUUUGCUCCGCUUGCCAAUUCAGCCUUAUCCUGUCACUCCGGCUCGGGCUUCCACUACAAUUGGUUUUCCGCCAGCAGACUUUUUCCGCUCGUCUCGAGUCGAUUUCCACAGAUCUGCAUAUUUCAGCUCCCUGCGCUUCGGCUGCCUUUCUCAUUGUCGCAAAUCUUCCCUUCUGGGAUGCUUGUCCUCCCUUUCCCUUCCUAGCUCUCAUAUGUAACAAACAAUGGCGCACCCUGAUCUCACAUCGCAUCAUGUUAACUACCUAAUAUGGAGGUACCUCCAAGAAUCAGGGCAUGGCGAAGCUGCUGUGACACUGCAACGCGCUUGGAAUCAUGACCCGCAGAGUCUACCUUUCGCUCCCUACAUUCGAACUCAUGCGCUAGUCUCGCUCGUUCAGAAGGGUCUCCAGUAUUACGAACUGGAGAAGUCACUCGACAAGGAGGGAAACCCUGUUCCUUUUUCACCUUCGAAUUAUUUCUUUGGGCCUGUUUCCCUCGAACUGGAGACGCAAAAAGGCUCUAGCGAAAGCAUUAGCGCAGGCCAGGCGCCUGUCUCGCCAACAGGCAAGGUUGCGCGAGAUGGGGUAGCGAUCAACGGCCAUUCGACCACCACCGAAGCCGCCCCGCAGAAUGUCAAGAAGUCCCGCAAACGUGAUCGCAUGGAAACUAAUGGUGAGGAGGUUUCGAUGGAGGUUGAUUCUGCAAACGGUAUUGCGAUUGAGAGCAAGCCAAACAUUACGGAGUCAUCAGCAUCAGUAGAGGACACCACUGCGGAUAGUGACGGGGAUGUGAACAUGGGGGAACAGGAAACAUCCGCGGCACCGAUCUUUACCUUGACCACCGGACAGAGCAUCGGUGUCCAGAUUACCCCCGCCAAGGCCGCUGACCUCAGCCCCGACACCGCCAUUAUCGAUGUGGCUGGGGAUGGCCACGUGACCAGAACCCUUUGGCGACCACACGACCCUACCGUUGUUGUCGCAGCCGGCGACACCUUCUGCAGUCUGUAUAAACUGUCUUCGACUUCUCCGCCUGUACAGGAGAAACUGGCUGAGAACAAGGGAGACAACGUGUUGGUUUCAGCAGUGGCUUGGGACCCUCAAGGCCAAAAAUUGGCCGUUGCUACAUACAAUGACAUGCGAGGCUCUAUCACCACGUACGACGUUGCUGGAAAUGCUGUUGACCUUUUACCAGAAGUUCCUCGGAUGAUAUCCGGUCUGAAGUGGGCUGAUAGUGGCUCCCAAUUAAUUGUUGUCGCCUCUGAUAGCAGAAUAUCUGAGCUCAUUCUCUGGGACGACGCAUUGCAACCGGAAGAGUUUCCUCCUCCUCAAAUUGUCGAUGACCCGAUUCUUGAUGUUAGCUGGCUUGGUCGUACGCAAGCCUUCGCUUGCGGCGGAAUGUCCGUCUAUCAAUGUGAGAUGGACUCAAGCAUUCAUCUGACCAGAACUUUCUCCGCUGGCGACCCGGAACGGCCUUGGACUUUCGUUCGAUCUGCACAUGUCGGCUCGUCACCUGUAGCAGUAGCAGCAGCAUCUUCCAGUGCCGCUUUCUGGGUUCCAACUCACGAUAUCCGCUUCGACGACGCUCACGACGGCCACAUUACCGCGAUUCAGCUAAAACCCAAUCCUUCUGAGCAGCCCAACCAGCCUUUGAUUCUUGCUUCGUCAUCUACAGAUGACACAGUGAAGUUAUGGCACAUUGAUUUGGAGAAUCGAAAGUUUGACUGCAUACACCGUCUAUCACUGGGGCCUUCUCUCCCAAUUCUUGCCAGUUGUUUCUCUCCCGACGGAUACGCCAUUGCGGCCGCUAGCAAAGAUACUCUUUCAAUCUGGAAUGCACAACGCGGAGGUGCUGCUAUGGCUACCUGGAAGUCUCCCAGGGUAGAGAAUGCAGAUGCGACAGAACACAAGAGUCCUACCUCCAAUGGCCACAACGGAAUUGUGGAAGACGUGCAGGAUCGCUCUUUAACCUGGGACAGUGACGGGAAGAAGCUCGCGUUUGGGUUCAAAAGCCAAAUGGCGAUCAUUAAUCUACAGCGGUAAUAACACAACAUUAGCGAUAAUGCGAACACGAGAUCAUACUCAGCAGUGGGUACUUAUCCUAUCAGACGAGGCCAUCAACACGCGCCGUCAUCACCAUUCACGAAAUCAUUAUUUAUUGCCGAGCAAUAAGUGCAUCCCUCAGAGCGAGGCUCUAUACCUCGCCGUGCCGGAUACCCCCCACGGAUACGUUCGUCUUCUCCACCUGCAGCGUAUGCGCAUUUGGGUCGGCUCAAGGUGAGCGGAUGACAAAGCACUGUCUCUAGGACACUCAUAUCCUUCUCUCCACCACUUUUAUAAUUAUACUUAUACCAUGAUAUAUGCUUCGGUUAGACGUUACAAAACGGCGCAGACUACUUGGAUUCAGGCGAAAGGCGCGGUUGUGGGUAGCAUGUGGCCAUGGGUGGAUUAUCUGGUCCUUUUUUUUUUGUUUACAUGUGGCUGCAACUUUCUUUAUCAUGGGAGGUGCAAAUCAAACGGCCGUCAGAAAGGUCAAUUCAGCUCGGACACUUCUGCCAGCUGUAUCACUUGGUUCCUAUUCCGCCGUAACAAUAGAAAGCUGGAAUUUCUAUCUAUUUGUUGUCUUUUUAGGAUUCGUGCGGGUGUUGGCUGCCUCUGGGGCUUGUCGACGGCUCUCCGUCUGCCUGCGAGCAUCCCUUCGACUGUAGAACUCAACCUUGGCAUCGUUCCAGCCAGCCAUGAAGCCUUUGAUGUCAUCAUGAAGCGUAUUGACAAGCUGUAAUUCAAGCUCUCUUUGUUCUAGUAGUCGGGUAACCGCUAUCUGUCUGUCUCCGGCUGCAGAUAAAUGCCGUUCUAUC